GCAUUACGAAUAUAAACUGUUUCAGUGUGCUAUUGGACUCAGAGACGCACUGUCUCGUGCGGCGUAAACAAGUUUUUUUUUAAAUUUGUUUUUCUGUUAUCAUAUUUGUUUUUUCAAUUUAAAUUUCAAACAUGAUAUCAUUCACAAUGGUGAGUUACAAGACCAUUGUUGUUGUUGUUGUAUGUUUGUUUUCAGAAUGUUGUUCGAGUAGAAAAUUUAAAACACAUGAUAAUCAAGACAGCCCUAUUGUACAUGUACAAGAAGGUUCACUGAAAGGUGCGGUGGCUACUGCGCUAGAUGGGUCUGCAUACUACAGCUUUAAGGGUAUCCCAUAUGCACAAGCACCGACAGGUGAUGCCAGGUUCCAGGCACCGCUACCACCAAAAUAUUGGAAAGGUGUUCGAGAUGCAACACAACACGGCCCAAUUUGCACCCAGUACGAUCUAUCCAUUAACCAACUCAUAGUCGGCAGCGAAGAAUGUCUCUUCGUCAAUGUUUACACCAAGUCUUUAAACCCGAAAUCCAAAAUACCAGUCAUGGUUUUCAUACAUGGUGGAAGUUAUAGCUAUAAUUCAGGCAAUUCAGAAACUUUCAGUCCUGACUUGUUAAUACGUCACGAUGUAAUUUUAGCUACUAUUAACUACCGCUUGGAACUUCUCGGUUUCCUAUGCUUAGACUCACCAGACGUACCAGGAAAUGGGGGAAUGAAAGAUCAAGCUGCUGCCUUAAGAUGGAUUAAGAACAAUAUUGCUAAAUUUGGUGGAGAUCCUGAUAAUAUUACAAUAUUCGGAGAAAGUUCAGGCUCAAGUUCGGUCACCUCACAUAUGCUAUCACCAAUAUCUAAAGGUCUCUUCAACAAGGUUAUAGCACAGAGCGGCACCAUCAUACACGAUUGGGCUAUAGACAGGAAUGCAAAAGAACGGGCUUUCCGAGCUGGAAAACUUUUAGGCAUCGAUACUAAUAACUCUUACGAAUUAUUGGCAUAUUUACGUGGAUUAAAUGCCACUCUUCUUACGAACCUUGCACAAAAAACUAUGACAUUCGAUGAAACAUAUAGAGGGUUACCUGAUUAUUUCAUACCUGUAAUUGAAAAGAAGUUUAAAGGCGUUAAAGCUUUUAUGAACGAAGAGCCACUACAAACUCUAUUAGACGGUGAAGCUGCUGAAGUACCAUUAAUGAUUGGAUAUAACUCCGCAGAGGAUUUAGUCCUCAUAAAUUAUUUAGCUGACAAAUUAGACGUAUACAACAGGGACCCAUCUUAUUUUAUAACAAAAGAACUAGCGAGUAAUGUAAAUGAAGCAAAACUCAAAGAAUACGGGGAUAGAUUGAGACAAUUUUAUGUAAAUGGAAGAAAUUUGACGAGAAGUGAUGCGGAAAUCAUUGAAAAUAUCGGUAGUGAUAUUCAUUUCUUUUACAAUACACAUCGAUUUGCUAAUCUAUACAGCGAGUAUGGACAGCCAGUCUACAUGUACAGAUUCAACUAUGACACUGACCUUAAUAUCAUCAAGAAUUUCACUGGAUAUAACCAUCUAAAGGGUGCGAGUCACGCCGACGAACUUUUCUAUAUGUUCUAUAACUUUUUGAACAAAAAACCAUAUGAUGAACAAGCUAGAUUACGCGAAUUGGCACUUAAAGUUACUACACUAUGGACUAAUUUUGCUAAAUUUGGCAAUCCCACGCCUGACCACAGUUUAGGCAUCAAAUGGCAACCAUACACCGCACAUGGUAAAGAAUAUCUGAAGAUAGAAGAAAAUAUGGCAAUGGGUCAAUAUGCAGACAAAGAACGAAUGAAGUUCUGGGACAAUUUGUACAAGGAAACUGGCCUACCUCAUAUUGGCUAAUAAUUAA